AUGUCCAACAACUGUGAAACAGUUAGGAAACACUUCUCCACCAGCCCCGAUGGCAACGUCCUACACGGUUGCCGUGGCAACCUGCCAUUAAGUGCCUUCACUUGCAGCGACUUAAUUACACGGGAUCGGCGCUUCAUCCACACAGACAAGGGGAUGAGGGGUCCGGACUCCGUGGAUGUUCACUGGAGACCAGCUGUGCCUCGCUCUGCACUUCCAGAUGGCCCUCGGGACGCCUCACUGUGCAUGUAUGCCAGCCGUAAGGCAGCGCAGGUUCUGCAUGGAGGCGGGACGUUCUCCAACAGCGGCAACCGCUGGUUUGAUAAAACACUGCAGUUUGUGGUGGGCGAAGACGGCUCCUGGGGACUUCUGUAUGAACCGGCCACAGCUGAGGGUCCGCCCAUCGCAACGCUGCUGCAUCACAUCCUGGAGUACUGUGAGAAACCAGACCCAAAGAGAGCGCCGCUGGUCCCUCUGCCGAUGCCCAAGAAGCUUUACUUCCACAUCGACCGAGAGAUUAAGAGGGACAUCGAGCACGCCAAACAGAACCUCGAUAUACUGAUCAACGACCUCGACGUGAAUGUGUUCAACUUUAAGCGGUUUGGAAAGGAUCUUCCCAAACAGCACAGCCUGAGUCCAAACUCCUUCAUCCAGGUCGCCCUGCAGCUCGCCUACUUCAGAGUUCACAAUGAGGUCUGUCCCGCCUGCGACAUCGCCUCUCAGAGGAUGUUUCGAGGAGGAAGGACAGAAUACAUCCGCUCGCCCACAAAACAGACGCACGACUUCAUUCUUGCCUUUGUUGAUCGGACCGUAUCGCGGGAAGCAAAGCUGCAGCUGUUCAGAGAAGCUGUGGAUGCCUACACGGCUCUGACUGAUCGGGUCCUUAAAGGACACGGCAUCGACCAUCACCUGCUGGGGCUGAAGCUGCAGGCCAUCGAGGAAGGACUGAGCAUCCCCAAAAUCUUCAUGGACACAGCGUACGGCCUCGCGACGCACUGGAAACUCCGGACAGGGCAGGUUCCUGCGAACACAGAUAGCGUGAUGUGUUUCGGGCCCCUCGUCCCCGACGGUUACGCCAUUUGCUACAACCCCCAGGCCGACCACGUCCACUUCUCCAUCACCGCCUUCAACUGCUGCGAGGAGACGCACGCAGAGACAUUAGCGCUCACUCUGAAGGACACUUUGUGUCAGCUACAGGAGCUACUGCAGCCUACCGUGUAGAGCUGCUCCGACAGAAUAAUCCCACUCCUCUACACCGGGAGAAAAGAAAAACUUUAUUUUCUUAAAACAACAUUUUGUAGAAGUCUUCAUGAGGCUUGUUUGGGAUGUUUUCUUGUGCAUGUAACGCUUCACCUGAGAGGUUCAAUCAGAGCGAGUUUUGAGACUGACCACUGUGUCUUUGAGGUGCUUUAAUGCUUUUUUUUUAUGCUUUUGAUGAAAAAAAAUCACUUUCUUUUUAUAGCAAUUGCUGAGUAAGCAAGCUGCGUUGCAUUUGCUUCAGUGGAUGCACUUAAAAGGCGUCUAAUGGUUCAAAAAAUGUCUCAGUGAAAGUAAAACAAAGAACCUGACACUCCCAUUGUUAAUCAGAGCAAGCCAAAGUCAUUUGUGUUUAAACUGACUGCACUCCAUUUACACACCACAAGACGACCAGUAGCCUUUAGAGUUCCCUCUGCUGAGAAUUAAUGUUUCAUGUGUUGCAGCACGGCCAUCAAUGUUCAUGGAAACCACUGAGUUUUGUUGGUUAACAAGUUUGUGUGAAAUGGACCAAAAGCCAGAGAGCAGGUUGUUAACGGUGACAGUGUGACAGCUUCGUUUGUCUCCUCUGAGUCGAGCAAACAGGAUGUAUUUUCUGUUUUUUGAAAUGAAUGUGAAGACAUGUCCGCCCCCUCCACGUUUGGGUUUGCUGUUCUGUUCUGAACCUGCAGGACUGGUUAAUAAAGCCUGCUGUCACAUGA